UGCGCAGUGCAUCCAGGGGCUCGGCGGCAUUCGGAAUCGGUGCUGAAGUGGGGCGGAUGGACGGAAGAACGUCGGCGAUGGACGUUCCGCGGCGAAAUCCCCAUUGACGAUGCCUUCGGGACGGCGUCGGGACACCGUCGUGUGCGCACCCGCCACCCUGGGACAUUGACAGUCCGACACAAAGCGAUGCUGUACUUUCAAGUCCUCAAACGACCCAUUCGCUGAGAUUGGAGGAAGCCCAGAGGGCUAGACAGCAAGAGAAACCAAAGGAGCAGGUGUGAACUGAGGGAAGAUUUCAGUGACCAUCUCAGGUCAGGGAUGGUGAAACCACUAAGUGCUGUUGCUGUUGGUAAAAAAGGACCUCCUCGCCUUGCCCCGAGUCACCCGCCAGCAACACAGGCAGUCCGUUAGCCAAUCAGACGCUCCGCCGAGCGGCCCCGCUAUCAUCCAGCAACCGAUUACCUCACGCCAUGACCACUCUGUCAGAACUGCUUUCAAGAACUCACUAAUUCAUGCCCCGGAGUGUGAGUGGAGUGGAGAUGAGAAAAAGGCAGGCGGCGCACAUCGAGGCCCCACCACAGGUCCCCGGACAGCCCCGACCCAACACCUGCUGCCUCUGCUGGUGCGGCUGCUGCAAGUGUCUCUGGAGUGAAGACAGGAUGGAGAGAAGUGAACGGCAGACCUGCACCAAGAUGGACAGUAUUGAAACUGCAGAAGAACACAUGUCCCACCGCCGCCACAGACACCCAAGUCUCGACGAGGUGCUGUCGUGGUCUCGGAGCUUCGAGAUGAUGCUGCGCUCGCUGGAGGGCCGGGAGAUCUUCCGGGAGUUCCUGAGGUCGGAGUACAGUGAGGACAACCUCCUCUUUUGGUUGGCAUGCGACGAUCUGAAGAAGGAGACGGAUCCGUCGGUGGUGGACGAGAAGGCCAGGAUCAUAUACGAAGACUACGUGUCCAUACUGUCGCCGAAAGAGGUGAGUCUGGACUCGCGGGUGCGUGAGGGCAUCAACCAGAGCCUGGCCGAGCCCAGCAGCCUGAUGUACGAGGAGGCGCAGCUCCAGAUCUAUACGCUGAUGCACCGAGACUCCUUCCCCCGCUUCCUCAACUCCACCGUUUACAGAGACCUCCUCGCCAACCGGAGGCGCACCUGCCUCGACACCUAAAGACCCGCGCCCCACCUUACCCUCAACGCCCUCCAUCGAGACUACUACGUCAACUAUGGUGCCAGAAGUCCGGUUUGGAAAAAAAAAAAAAACUCUCUCUAGAUUGCAAAAAGACUGAUUGAUAUCCGAGAUAGCUAGUUAUUGUUCUUUCUUUUUUUUUUUUUUUUUCGAGAGCAAUUUCUAGCCGAUGACAUGCGUUUGCUGAUUGCUUUUAGGUCAAAUUUGACGAGGCCGCCGUCGCCGGCCCGCUGAUUGUUUUCGUGAGCGCAGAUGUCUUGAUGGUCACGUUAGACUGUGGACUCCUCAGGACCAGGAAGAAAGAGAGAGAAUGUGAGAGAGAGAAUGGACAUGCCAACUAUUCCUGUACUGUAAUAAUUACACCUCACUUUUAAUUUCUAACCCAUUCUUUCCCCCACAUAUCAUUCUGAGCUAAUGAGAAGAAGGCUGUCUCAUGCCAACGACUGCAACCAUUUAAAAAAAAAAAAUUAAUAUAUAUUUUUUUUCAGAAUAGGCUUCCUAGGAAGGAAAAACAAGAAGAGUUCUAAUAACCUUUAUUGGAGCGGAGGCGUCCACAUUAAAGCAGCACCUGUCAUGAUUCCAUCCAUCUAUCCGUCCAUCUGAGCACUUUCCUUCUUUACGUGGGAGAAGUAAGGGCUAGACUUGUGGUUGGGCAGCUACAUGUAACUCAACAAUGCCUUCACACGUGUUUCGCAUAGACAAAAAAAAGGCAGCACAAGCGGCGCUGCUGGAGGUUUACCCCCCCCCCUCUCGGAAAGCAACCACAGUUAAUCCCGACAAUCCCCUUCUUUUCCCCCCUCCUCCUGCUUCCCAUUCGCACCCUCAUAGCCUGACAAGCACAGGUAAAAAAAAAAAAAAAAAAAACACUGUCGUGGUCGUCUUCUACAUUCAGCCACUGACGCGGUUGGGAUAACGAACCCCCGGCCUUUUCCUGUAAGGCUUUAUUAUGACGUCUGCAGUGCCGCGGGUGCCAAACAUGAUGUCAACGGCGCUAAAGAGGAGAGUCUGCUAGUUUUAGCCAGCAAACUUUUAGUUAGCCACAAUGCUAACAUGCCCUUGUGGGCGCUAGAGUCGGUUGCUAAGUUAGCAUGACUCUGCGCUCUACACACUCUUUGGUCUACUUUUAUUAAAAAAUGUAAAGAAAAAAAAAAUCUGACUUUGAACGCAUGAUAAUGUGUCGCUUUAAUGAAUUUAGAGGGCAAAAUGGAAGGGCAGGCUCUUGCCAAAUGUCACGGUAAAAAAAAAAAUUCCGUCCCACUCGGCCUGUGGAUAUACAGUAGAAAGUGCAUGACUGAAGUAUUAUGCUAUUAUUUUUUGUUUGUUGAAUUCAUUCUGAUUAUUAUAUUAACGGAUAGAUGGUGAUGUAUCUAUCAGGUCCUAAAGUUUUAGCGAAAACUGUGUCACUACUCGUUGAUAUAUGGGAGGACUCGGCGUUGCCACCUAUGUGUCUAACUACCUGACGUUGACGUGCCAAGUUUUGGUCGAGAGCCAUUGUAAGACAGGAUAGCAAAAAAAGUGCCAUUGGAUGUACUGUAGUAAGCCUAGUUAGCAAUUAUGUCUCUAUCUUGCUAGGCUAGAUUUUAGACUGCCAGAAGGACUCAAAAUUAGGGAUGGGCAUGAAAUUUCCUUGAUCCACCAUGGGUAAAACUAAUAACUUUUAAAUAUGAGUAAUGAGAUGGGGAACUGGCUCUUGGAAUGUUCUGAACUCCUGUUUCCAUGCCAGUGUCGUAUUGAGCAGAGUUCUGAGUGGUUGUAGCUCAACGUCCAAUAGCUGGCGUCAUUUGUUGUUGUUCACCUUCUUUAGACAGCGAACUAGAUGAGAGGGAAUAUAAAGCUCCUCUUCUGCUUCUGCGCCACCCUAACAAUCAGUGAACAGAUUAUUAUGCCCAUCCCUACUCAAAAUACAUUUGUUACUGGAUGAAUUGCAGUGGAACCUCUGAAAGUGGUGCAAUUAGGAGUUCAAACCCCCCCCGUCCCCCGUCCCCCCCAAAAAACGUAAAAUUUAUGCCUCAAAAGUAAAUGUAUAUAACGAUGUUAUGGCAAAAGAUUACAUUUUUUAUUGAAUUUGCAUCCCCAUAUGUUAAAAUUUGAGUUAAUCCCACCAAGUGUUUUGCUUUUUCUUAAACUUUUUCUUUUUGACAGACUUAAUUAAUUCCAGCAAUACCUUUAAAACCACUAGGUGACAGUAUCGCUCUGCAAAUACCUUCCUGCUGUGUCAGCCUUCAAAGGUGAGUACUUUUACUUUAUUUUAGUUAUAUUUUACAGUGGUUCUCUUUGGAAUUUUAAACUGUUCCUUAAAACAUAGCUUCAAGGUUUUUAAGCUCGGAACAAAUGAAUUCCCUUGACAUGAUUUGGAAAAUUGUUUUUGACGGAUUGAGUUCCGCUUCGGAGGUUCCGCUGUACAUUCAAACGCACUAUUCGUCAUUGUUAUCAACCAGUGGAGUCAAUAGAAGCAUUGUUUUUUAAAUGAAAAAAAAUAACUUUACGACAAAAGCUUUUUUAUCCAGAGUGAAAUGAAUACAAAGGCUUCCUAUGGCCUAUGAGUUCCUCUAAAGAACUAUAACAUAUUUAACGUUUGGCAAUACAUGCAGGCGGCCACAUUAGUGAUGGAUAUUGCUUCGCUGUGCAUGCAUGGGCCCAGUUGAAUCAUGACAAUAACUGAGCUUUUCUUUUCCAUUUUAGGGGGGAAAAUAAGAUUUUUGCCGAAUCUUUUAAGCACAUCCUAACGCAAGAAUGUUUCACCGUCAAGCAGAUAAAUAAUGGAAAAAAUAAACAUGGUGCAAUUGAAAUCAAGUUUACAUUUAUAAAUAAACAGUGAGUUUAUGCACGUGGUGGUGCCAUGUUCGAAACAUUUGGGAGACGAGUCGGAAGGUUCUAGAAUUGGGAGAGUUGUUUUCUCGUCCGGCGUCCUUUUUUUCUCGCCCGUUUAAUUUAUUGUGACUUUUACACAGCAAAGGCGUUUGCUUUGUGUUGAAUAACUGUGGAUUUUACGCGGUGGGGCGUGGCCAUUUUCGCGUUAGUUUAUUUUUUUAGAGAGCUGAAGACUCCUGACGGGAAACGGAAGGUUUGCGAAGGUUUGGCCUUACUGACACAUUUGUUAUUAUUAUUAUUAUUAUUAUUACUAUGAUUAUAAUUUUUCCUUUUGAAAAAAACAAACAACAGGCGUCUCUGUAGGCUUUUCACUACCUCUCAUGUUGGUUAAUUUAUUUCACAUCUAGCUGUCAGUGUUUUUUUUGUUUUGUUUUUUUAAAUUAUUAUUAUUAUUUUUUUUUUUAAGAUUCUACUUGAAGCCUAACACUGUAAACUAUAAAAUGUGCACAGACAAAAAUGUAUAUGAGCGACGGUGUGUGGGGACAGGGGUGCGUUCAAGAGAGCUUAGCCUAGACAUGAGUUUGUUGUUGUUUGUUAUUUGUCUGUUUUAUUUCGAUUUUGAAGUAGAAUUUUUGCAUCUCUAUUAAUAAUUCAGGAAAACCACUGUCUAAGGGCUAAUCCCAUUUUUGCCUAUGCAAAUGUGUUUUGGGGAGAGGGCGAGGUUCUACCCGGACCCAUUUAAAAGAUGGACCAUGGUUUACAUUGCCCUUUGCUGAUGUCUUUCAAUCUCACUCAGCAAAAAUGAACGCUUAUUAUUUUUGUUUCUAUAUAUUAAUAUCAUAUGAAUAACUAUAUAAAACAAGUAAUAUACAAAGAAAAUAGUAUAUGCCUUCGUGAUGAAAAAACAAAUAAAUGUGUUUGUUGUCUGACAUUAUGUGGAUGUGUGCUGGCGUCUUGCGAAGAACAGUAGCUAGCCUUGUGUGCUAUUUAUGAAUGGAGGGGUUUUAUUUGUAAAAACAAACAAAAAAAAUGUGACUUUUUAGUGCCCAUAUCCAGCGCAUACCUCUUCAGUCAUUUUUGCAUCCAUGAAAUGUUUGUUUUUUGUUUUUUCAGGGCCACAUCCUCCCCAACAAUCACUGUGUUGAUGCAGUAACAUUGCUGAGGGAGCGCAACCAUUGGAAGUGGGUUUCUUUUUUUCCGUUUUUAUUUCAAUGAAUACCUAAAAUGCGCCAAUGACGGCGAUCGUUCACAUAGCUAGUUUGAUCCACUUUUUAAAAAUCUUUGUGAUGAGGUUUGAUUUUGGGCUAUACCGAUGUCAGAAAUCUCUCGGGCAGGUUUUAUCCACUAGCGCAAAAUGCAGUUUCUCGACGUUAGUGUACGGUGCCUCGUUUAUGUUUCCCUGAGACCUCAAAAUCAGUCGCUUUUAUUUCUCGUGCUCUCGCUUCCUCUCUUGGUGACAAUCGCAGGCAGAGCGGCGACAUUCCUCCACCGAUACAAUUUUGAUGUCCUCCCUUGGCUGGUGUGCGACAAACGGAUUUUAGGCGAUCACUUUUCUCUUUAUUGAUUUCGAUGCCUAAGCCUCUUUAGUCGAGAUGAUUGAAAAAUGUGACGGAAAUCGAGAACUUUGAAAAAACAAUUAAUGGAGAAAGGGUUUUUUUUCUAUUUGAGCAUGCUUUUUGCUAAAUAAAUGAAAUAAUUCAGUUAUUUGCUACAAACAAUACUGUAUGAGUAUGUAUUCAAGUACUGCAUUAUGCAGACAAUUAAAAAAAACAAAAACGCUUUUGAGUGUUUCAAUAUUUUUCUCACGAAAGCGUACUUGAUUCUUGAGUGUCACAUGAUAAAAAGUUGCCUCUUUGUGCGAAGGUCAGCAGUUGGUCCGUUUGCAUGAGUUCGUCCACUGGUUGCUAGAUGACGUCAGACCGUGACAAAAUUCUUAAACAGCGUAGGGCCGACAACCACAUUGGUACAACAAACCAACUUUUGGCUACUGUUUUAACGACAUCGACCCGAAAACAACUUACCUUUGACUUCUUGAAAGAAGUUAGACCGACAGCAACGUUGGACCAAAACAACGGCAGCCUGACAAGAACUUUUUUAAUGAUGUCGGCCAGAAAACGACUUAGCAAUGUCAGACUGACACUGUCUUCUUACCAUCAACACAGACCUCUUGCCAAAGACCUCUUUUACCACACAAAACAGCUUCUUACCGAUGACUAUAACAAAGUCGGACAAACGCUGACUUCUUCCCAAAAAUGACUUCAACGUUGGCCCGACAGAGAUUUCUUAUCUUUGGCACAGACCUCUUAUUGAUUUCUUUAACGAUGUUGGUCACAGACAGACUUCUUCCAGACCACAACUUCUUUAAAGAAGCCACACCUCUGAUAACAUUGGACCGAUUACUUUUUUAAUAAUAUCUGACAGACUUAACGAUGACUACUAUAACGAAAUCAGAGAAACACAACAAUCCCUUCCCAACAAUGACUUUUUUUUUUUUUUUUAAAACAAAGUCAGACCGACAGCAACAGGAUUUGACCAACAACGACGACUUCUUUUACGAUGUCGAACAGAAAACGUGUUCUUUUGCGACAUCGGACCGACGCAGACUUCUUCCUAACAACAUCUUUAUUGAUUUUGGAGACAAAACAUUUUCUUCCCAACGACGACCUAUUUAACAAAAUCAGACCAACAGCAAUAAUUGUCGGACCAAUAACAGCAGCGGACCAACAAUUUUUGAAUGAUAUUGGACAGAAAACAACUUAUUUAAUGGUGCCGUACUGACACCAACUUCUUCCCUACGGCACAGAUAUUUUAUCAACAACUUAUUUAACUAUGUCGGACACAAAACUCUUAUUGAUGACGACUGUACCAAAGUCAAACAAACACCAACUUCUUCCCAAGAAUCAUGUCUUUAAAGUCAGACUGAGAGCAACUAACAACAACACAACUUAUUUCGCAAUGUCGGCCACAAGACAACUUCUUAACGAAGACGACGAUAAUAAAGUCGGAAAAACACCGGCUUCCUCCCAGCCACGACUUUAACGAAGUCGGUCCGACAAUGACUUUUUGAUGGUUUCAGCAUAAUGUCAUUCUUUCAUCUUGUUUUAAUAUUGAAGAAGAAUUGAAAGGGCAGCCAGUUAAAGUUUGGUGGAACAACCGCGGGCCCUUGUGGUCUUGCGCGUUGAUCGUAAGGAAUCCAACCAAUCCUCGAUGAGCACUUGCUGCCCAAAGUGCCGUGAAAUGCAGGAAGCCCUUAAGUGUAGCAUCCAGCGCGUCCGAACGUUGUCGCGGACCCGCCUUCUUAUCUCGCUGUGUAAAUGCGUACCUCAAGAAAGUGUUGGCAAAUGUGUACUUUAUGGACUUUUGAUAAUUAAUGGUGUUGCUUUUGCAAGUCUUGGCAUGAUGGUUCAAAUCAGAUGUAACAAAACAAGUACUUUUGCAUCUACAUUUCCAUUUCAAAAUCAUAUUUUUCAUUUAAAGUGGUAAAUUCCAACACAUUUAAAAAUAUGAAAAACCUUGUGCCAAAAAUGAGUCUUUUAGUCAAUUAUGAGGAAAAAAAAAAAUCCGGUUAAGUGUUCCUUUCCUUUCAGUGUUUGUUGUUUCUCAGAAUUUGUCUCCAUAAAACUUUGACACGUAAUACCCAACAAAUAUAAAGAAUUUCUAUAGAGGUGAUAUCGUCUUGGUUGAUUUCAGACACAUAAGAGCUAUUAUAUCACAACUGAAAUUGUAACUUUUGUCCCUCGCCAAAUAAAAAAAGAAAAAGAAACUGAUUUUCACCAUUAUUAUUUUGAGUUUGUUAAUUUCUCUUAAAAGUGGGGCUUGUCUCAUGUAUCAGCAAAGUCGUGAGAGGCCUCUCAAUGAGUCUUGCCUGCUGUGUGAAAGCUGUGGUCCAUUUUGGUCUGCAGUUCUCAGUCUUGUCUUUGUUUACAGGAGAAAAAAAAUAAAUAAACAUUUUGCAUUAUGACAAAACGCCAAUCUGUUGUAACUGCCCUUGAAUAUCUUGUCAUUUGCAUAGUGCUGCUAGAGACUGUAACAACUCAAAAUAAAUACUUACUAGAUUUUUUUCACAAA